AUAUUUUUGAAUUUUAAAAAGACAUAGAAACCCAUAAUUCAUCAGUCCAUUUAGUCUCAUGUGAUUAAUUUUUGUCCUGCUUGAUGUUGAGUUAGCAAUUUGGUGAGUCUAGUUUUUCUCUUAGAGUUCUAGAAAUUCUUACCCAGCCAAAUGGUAUGAUCUUAAAAUGAUCAGAAAUCGGUACUUGUCAGAGUCUUUUCCAUCUGUGGUGUCCUGAUACAGAGAUGUUGUCCACAAUUCCUAGCUCAUAGUUCCCAGAACCGUUGUUACAGUCUUUUGUUAUGAUGCUGGGUGCUUUGGGUCUCAGGAGACAGAAUAUCUCUGACCUUCUCUUUCAUUUGCCCAAGGCAGGACUCUAAUCUGAUUGUGGAUCAAAAGACCCUCAUUCCAGAAAGGGUCCUUCCCCGUACUCUGGAGGAAGGAUGUGGACAGGGCUUGCUAGGUUUAGAUCAGACUUUAUUUUUAUCCAAUCAUGUUUUGACACAGUUGUCCAUGCUUCUAUCAUGGACAACCAAUAAAGUAUAGAAGGCCCACAGGACAGGGUUUGGGGGGCAUCCAGAGAGCUGAACAUGUGGAGGCUGAGAGAAAGGUGAAGAAAAACUCAUCCACAGGCUGGGAGGGUGUUGCAUCCCAACUCCAUGAGGACAGAAGCUCCUGCGCUUAGGACCCUUCCAGACCUCACCCUAUGCGUCUCUUCAUCUGGCUGUUGAUUUGUAUCCUUCAAAAUACCCUUCUUAAUAAACCGGCAAACAUAAGUGUUAUCUUCACCCAACUGCCACCGCACUGCCAUCAUGGACACCAGCCACGUGCAGCCUAUCAAGCUGGCCAGGGUCACCAAUGUUCUGGGCAGAACUGGCUCUAAGGGACAGUGCUCACAGGUGUGCAUGGAAUUUAUGGAGGAUACGAGCUGCUCCAUCAUCCACAAUGUAAAAGGCACCGUGUGUGAGGGCGAUGUGCUCACCCUGUUGGAAUCAGAGCCAGAGGUCAGGAGGUUGCACUGAGCUUGGCUGCUCGCUGGGUCUUGGA